CACGCCCCGUUUGACACUUGACACUCUUGACAGCUCGGUCAUCUUUUUGAUGACGAUGUGUGCCGCCGCCGGUUAAUUCAAUUGUUCACCCCCUCAUUUCCGUAUUCUUUAUUUUCCAAGCGCCGCUGGCCCCAAAAUUCACGUCUUGCCGCCAACCGAGUCAACAAUGCUAAAAACGCAGUUGCUUGUUAUUUCGAUCCUCGUUUGUUUCGCGUGUGGACACGACCACGCGGACCACGGGGACCACGAUCACCACCACGGCCACGGCCAUGAGGAACCGCCGGCGUUCAAAUACUCCCGAGCCGCCAACGAAAAACACGACGAACAUCACCCGCCCCCGAAACCCGGGGCCGCCGACCCGCCAAAACCCGAACAUCACACCACCACUUCCGAAUUGUGGCUGCAAGCAAUGGGAUCCACGUUGCUGAUCAGUGCAGCCCCCUUCUUCAUCUUGUUCUGCGUGCCUCUGGACAGCACCGACAAAGAGCAGCCCCUUUUGAAAGUCUUGCUGGCUUUCGCGUCCGGGGGGUUAUUAGGGGACGCGUUUCUGCAUUUAAUUCCUCAUGCGGCGAUGUCGGUGGAGAGCCAUUCGCAUUCCCACUCGCACGGAACCCACGGUGAUGAGCACGCGCAUGAUAUGUCAGUCGGGCUGUGGGUGUUGGCCGGUAUUGUGACCUUCCUGGUGGUGGAGAAAGGCGUCCGGAUUGCCAAAGGGGGGCACGGGCACAGCCACAAGAAGCCGGACAAGAAAGAAGCGGCAGCGGGAGACAACAAAAAGAAGGAUAAGAAGCACGACGACAAAAAAGACAAGAAAAACGAAGACAAGAAGGAGAUUAAAGUGGCUGGGUACUUGAAUCUCGCGGCCGAUUUUAGUCACAAUUUUACCGAUGGGUUGGCUAUUGGGUCGUCGUAUCUGGCGGGGAAUACCGUCGGGUUGGUUACCACUAUCACGAUUUUGUUGCAUGAAGUCCCUCACGAAAUUGGGGAUUUUGCGAUUUUGCUCCAGUCUGGAGUGUCUCGAAAGAACGCCAUGUUGCUGCAACUCACGACAGCGCUGGGGGCUAUUGCAGGAACCGCCAUUUCGCUGCUGGCUCAGAACACAACCGGGGAGUUGGGGACGCAGUGGAUUCUGCCUUUUACAGCUGGGGGAUUUAUUUAUAUCGCUUUGGUGUCUGUGAUUCCUGAGUUACUAGAUGAAGAAAAACCGAGUUUAGUACAAACUAUGUUGCAAGUGGCCGCCAUGUUAGGAGGGGUGUUUAUGAUGGUGUUGAUUGCCGAAUAUGAGUGAUUAUAACGAUAUAUGUAAUAGAAUGUGUCCUCGUA